UCUCUCAAUCGCUCUCUCCUUUUCAUCACUUCGGUCCCUCGCUCCACUCCCUCUCCCUUUCUCCUACACGGUUCUGUCACUCACUCACACACUCAUACCAGCUCUCCCUGGGCACCAUCUCCACCAUUGAAGAUCCUCAUUGUGUCUGCGUUUUGCCAGGUGGACGCACUACCCACAGUCACCAUUUCCACCCCGGAGAGUUCCACGCUGGCUGCGCAGCCCCUUUCCCGGCUGAGCAUCGGGCGGAAGACCCUGGUGGCAGCUGCUGUGGGGGUCAUGCUGGUGCUGGUUCUGGUGGUCCUCAUUCCUGUGCUGGUCAGCUCCGUUGGCACAGGUGGCAUAGAUGACAGUGCGAGCCACUACGAGAUGCUGGGUACCUGCCGCAUGGUUUGUGACCCUUUGCCCAGCACGGGCACGUCGGAUACAGGUGUCCACGCAGGAACAGAUACAGCAACCACAGGCCUACAGGUGAACAACGAUGCAGAUCUGAGUGAUCAUAGCAUUGGCCCACCUCUGCCUACUUACAGUGCUCAUGGCCCACAAGGCAAACCAGGACGUCCAGGCAAGCCCGGACCCCCAGGACCACCUGGAGAGCCAGGCCCACCAGGACCUAAGGGUCCACCGGGAGAUGGUGUGGACAUUGUACGGACAGGGAUUCAAGGUUUAGGGGGUAGAGGGGCAGUCAGUACAACCACAUACAGCACCAUGCCUCGGGUGGCAUUUUAUGCAGGACUACGAAACCCCCAAGAAGGUUACGAUAUUCUACGAUUUGAUGACGUGGUGACUAAUAUCGGUGGUAACUAUGAGGGCACAACGGGCAAGUUCACCUGUAAGAUUCCUGGCACUUACUUUUUCAUCUACAAUGUGCUGAUGAGGGGAGGAGAUGGCACCAGCAUGUGGGCUGACCUGAUCAAGAAUAGUCUGGUCAGGGCCAGCGCCAUUGCCCAAGACCAGGAUCAGAGUUAUGACUACGCCAGCAACAGUGUCAUCCUUCAUUUGGAUGCAGGCGAUGAGGUUUUCAUAAAAUUGGAUGGGGGCAAGGCCCACGGGGGCAACAGCAACAAAUAUAGCACAUUCUCAGGGUUCAUCCUCUAUGUCGACUGAAGACUGAAGUCGGGACAGGAUGUGGGCUCAGAGGUGAAAGGUCACAGCCAGAAGAUGUUCACUUCCUGACUUUAACUUGGCUCUCGCAGUAAGGUUAAUGUUGCCCAUAGCCACUGAUCCACAGACAGAUUGUUUUUACAGAUGUUUAAGCAUUGAUACAGUGACUAAGGCUGUGGAUCUGUGGUUAUCUGUAACUGUGUACUUCCUCAUCCAUAUGUUCCGUUGUAUACAGGGUGCCUAUGCUGCUAUUCUGAUGGACGUAAGCAACGAAACAGAGACAGUGAUAUCAAGUGUCAUGCUGAGGUGCAGUAGCUAACAAUUUUGACAGUGAAGAAGCCUCACCAUCAUUUUUGAGCUGUCAUUUCAGUUUUAAGUCUGGAAAUCUAACAGUCAUGGUGACUGCAGUGUUUGUAAAUGUGCUGUUCAGAUUUAUGUUAAAAUUAUGUUUUCUCAUGCUGUUUGUAUGAUAAAAUGUUGUGCUUCAAUGACAUUGAGAUAUAUUCUGUCCCAAGAAAUGCUAAUUUGUCAAAUAUUGGGCGCCAAAAUGAGAUUAUGCUUGUUGUUCUGAAUGGCAGACAGUGUCACAAACUGUAUUGUGUCUUAGUGUGAUAAUUUUGAAAAUCAUGUUAUAUCAGCCCAUUCAUUUUUGCAUAUUGUUAUAUUAUAUUUGAUAUUUAAUCUUGAUGUCUGAACAAAAUCAAAGUAGUGUACAUACACCAUAUUGUGUGUCUAUUGAAGAAUAUAGCUGUAGAUUGAUAGUUGUACAAUUAUAUCACAAAAUGUACGUAUGCUGUAAAUAUUUAUUUGAAUCAUGCAUGCAACACCUGUCAAAAUGUUCUGUAUGUUUCCACAAAAGAUAAAAAGAUAACAGUGACUUUAAACAAAGUUUAUAUAGCUAGGUGUGGGCUUAAGGAACAUCUAUUGCUGUUGCGUUUACUUUUAAUGUCCAUGAUUUGUUUUUUUUGCAUCUUCUCACACCUUAUGUGGUUAAUGUCACUCAUGUAAUCUAUUUCUUAAUCAGCUGUUCUGAUCUCUAAUUUUCCAGUGAAACCAGCCUUUAGUCCUGUAAAUGUUACACACGAGAGCCACGCCAGCGUAGCGAGAGGCAAUCAACGCAGAGAUGAUCACUGAGGGAAAGGGGACAAGAAAUCACAGCUGUGUUAAAUGCCAAAUGAAGCGGGAGAUGAUUGUGUUUCACAAUCAAAGGAGAGAUGUGUGUUUUCCUUUAAUGUGUGUGGAGAUUUAGCGCGAAAAAGUCAGGGGACGGAUGUUAACAUAUCAUGACAAAGCUUAGAUCAGUGUUGGAAAGUAAUCGAGGGCAAAUUAGGCUCUGCUGUGACGGCAACACAAGUGUCAGAGACAGGAAAAUAGCUUCCAGGCGUAAACUGUAAAAACCAAUAUAUUUUUCUGUUUUCUUAAAAGCUCACUUUGAUAUUAUGAAUUUCUUUGGACAUAGUUUGCCUUUGACAUGGGCCUUGUAGGGUCCAAAACUGUCUCUUAUUUAGUUGAAACACAAAGUUAAGAGUUUAAGCACUAAGGUUUUGAGGGUGUCGAGAAAUGUAAACUGUUAAAAUGCACAUUUACUUAUUCACAGAAGCAAAUACAAGUGAAUGCCAUCCCAGUGUUACCUCUCAAGCUCGCAUUUGUUUGAGCUGUAAACUGGUUUAAUAGUAUACAGUUGAUUAAAAUAAUGAGACUAGAUUGCCACACUGUGCAGCGCUAGCGCACCCUGUUGUCUGUUUAACUGCUUUUCAACUCUGGUCUUAACUUAAGCUUGUCUUAAAGACAGCAGAAUUCCUCCAGACACAAUUAAGACUGAAGGUCCGUGCCUAAGCAGAGGUCACCCGAGCCAGGGGGCAGCUGAGCACUAGCACAGGCUGUUUUCUCCUUGCAGGGUCCAUGAGCACAUCGUCAAAUUAGAGACUUCAUGUCACAAUGUCAAAGACAAAUGCCCCAGGUCAGCGAGAAACAGCUUUCCCUGCUGAAACCCUCGGAACUGAACAUUGCCCGAGAGUCUGCAACAUCUGUACUUUUCCUGAAGCCCUCAGGGAGAAAACAAAACAAAUGCACCAAAAACAUUCUUAUAUAAAAACACUUAAGAGACAAGAAGUUCAACAGCAUUUAUCAUUUCAAAAUGUAUGAGUGAAAAGAGUCAAAUAAAAAUGCAGCGG